GCAGAGGUUGGAAACGAGCAGCAGUCUGUUGUAGAGUGCGCUGUUCAGAGGACUUAUUGAGGGGAGAGUGGAGGCGCCAGAGUAAGCGGAGCUCGUUAGGAUUCGGCGAGCUAUUGGUGGAUUAAUAUACCCGAUGGGACAGCAAAGUUACUAUACCGCUUGUUCAGUGUGUCACAUCCAUUUCACAUGCGCGGCGGGAGAAAGUGUGAAGUGUCAGACCAGGCAGUUUGAUGCAUAAUGAAUGUUCCAGGACCAGGUUACAUUGCUGCUAUUUAAUGUAGCAAGACUAGUCAAUCAAAUUAUUGAAUAUGCCAGAAAGCCACAAUGAUCCCAAAUUACAACAGCACAAAUUCUUCAUUUUUUAUCAAUACCAGUCUCUCCUGGAACAGAGAAUCACAGGAACAAGUGGUUUUGGGUGAUGGGUCUACGGACGGAAGUACCAGCAGUUUGCUAAGAGCGGCCACCUUUUCUCCCACAGCCUCUCUGGAAGCUAAUGCCUCUGACUCAAGUUACAGUACCAUUGAUCCUCUUGGGGGUCACACUGUUUGGCAAGUCAUUUUGAUUGUCUUUUUCACAGGAAUAGUCUCCUUGGUGACAAUCAUAGGAAACAUUCUUGUGAUGGUUGCAUUCAAGGUGAACAAACAGUUAAAAACAGUGAACAAUUACUUUCUACUUAGUCUGGCCUUUGCAGAUCUGAUAAUUGGAGUGAUUUCAAUGAACCUAUACACGACGUACAUCAUAAUGGAUCGAUGGGCUCUGGGUAAUGUAGUUUGCGACCUCUGGCUUGCCAUUGACUAUGUUGCUAGCAAUGCUUCUGUCAUGAACCUUCUGGUGAUAAGUUUUGACAGAUAUUUAUCCAUUACACGGCCGCUCACCUAUAGAGCUAAACGAACUCCCAAGAGAGCUGCAAUAAUGAUUGGUCUUGCGUGGACAGUUUCAUUUGUACUCUGGGCUCCUGCCAUUUUGUUCUGGCAGUAUAUUGUUGGUAAAAGAACAGUGUCUGCAAAUCAGUGUUUAAUACAGUUUUUAUCUGAACCAAUAAUUACUUUUGGUACUGCCAUAGCUGCAUUUUACUUGCCGGUCACCAUCAUGACCAUCCUUUACUGGAGGAUCUACAAGGAAACUGAGAAGCGCACCAAAGAACUGGCGGCUUUGCAGGCCUCGACUCAUGACAUGGAAACCGUGCAAUUUUUCCGUCAAACUGGCAGCAGCAGGAGCUGCAGCAGCAACGAGCUGCAGCGGGAGGGAAUGAAAAACAAAAGGAAGUCGAGGAGGUGCCACUUCUGGCCAACCUCCAAAUCAUGGAAGGCCAGCACAGAGGGUGAGCAGGAGCCAAGCAGCAGUGAUAGCUGGAACAACAAUGAUGGUGGCGGUUCCUUGGAUCAUUCAGCUUCAUCUGAUGAAGAAGACGUGGUGACAGAAACCAGGGCAAUUUAUUCCAUCGUGUUAAACCUUCCCGGGAUUAAGGCAGCGGCUGGUCUAUCCCAGUCCACGGACUUGAACAAUAUGGAUCUCUGCAGUGACGACCUUGACAAAGUUGAUUCCAGUGAGAAGGAGGAAAAGUUCAGGUUGCAGCAGUUAAAAGAAGAGCAGGACAAUAGCUUCCACCAGCAUUUUGCCAAGCUUCCUGCUCAGUCAAUGCCAUCCAUCCAUCCUUCAAAGUCUGUGGGGGGAAUUUCCUCUUUAGCAAAGUCAUCCUCAUCCAUGCCUUUGUCUUUUAGAGAAACCACAGUUUCAAAACCUUUUGUCCCAAAAUCAAGAAGUCAAACAACAAAGGGUAAGAGAAUAUCACUUAUAAAAGAGAAAAAGGCUGCACAGACACUUAGUGCAAUUUUGCUGGCUUUUAUUAUAACAUGGACACCAUACAACAUAAUGGUGCUGGUAAACACAUUUUGUGACCAAUGCAUUCAUGACGUACUGUGGCGCCUGGGCUACUGGUUGUGCUAUGUUAACAGCACUGUGAAUCCCAUGUGCUAUGCACUGUGCAACAAAAACUUCAGAAACACUUUCAAAAUGUUACUGUUGUGUCGGUGGGAAAAGAGAAAAAGACGAAGGCAGCAGUAUCAGCCAAGACAAUCUGUUGUUUUCCAUAAAAGGAUUCCAUGCAAGGCUUCCUGAAGCUACAAUUGCCAGAUUGUGAUUGUUUCUGUUUAGUACCAAUUAACUGCUUUGUCCAAGACCAUACUGGCUAUCAGUGUUGUGAGCACAUGGCUAAAGUAUAUGCUGCUUUUGUAUUAUGUGUCGGAUGGUGUUUACAUGAUGUUGGCAGCAGUAAAGUACUUAGAGUAGUGCUGAUAUGUUUGAAUUGUAUUCAUUUGUUUUUUUUGUUCUUAUGAGAUUCAUGCACGCUUUUGCUUAAUAUAUUAAUUGACAUCAACAGAGCACUUAAGUCCUAAAUGCUAAUAUCUUGGUGCAGUAACUACAGAUACUGGAUUUUGCACCUCAGACCUUGAGAGUAUUGCUGUACCUUAAUUUGCACACUUUCCUCCCUUUAUUUCUUCCCCUUCUCGCUAAAUUUCCCUUUAGUUCUUUAUAUGGGCUCCGUACGACCACACAGUUUAAAACAUUGGUUAGACUGGAUUACGUAAUCCGCUCUGACAUGUGGCAAUACCCAGAGCCCAGUUUCUCCCAAAAGAGCUAAACCUCAAAUUGACUUGCUUGCACGAUGAGCCCGGGGCUGAUCACACUAGUGAUUGCUUCUGGUUGAAGUCGUGUAAUUGGAAAAUUGGCACUGGUAUUACUAUGCAUGAAGUAUGGUUCACUAUAUAGGUCCCAUCUUAGCCAGGAUCUGAUGUACAAAGAAGUCCAAAGGCCAAAUGGAUUUUCUUUGUGGGAAAUCUGUAUGAGCUUUCAUGGAACACGUAUUUAGCACAGUAAAAAAAGGGAUGAAUUUCCUUGACUCCCACAGAGAUUAUACUUUCCAUUGUCAGACAAUAUUUAGCAUGAAGAGUCACCAUCAAUAUGAACCUAACUUUAAGUGAAGUUGGAAUUUUCAUUUCUCUAGGUUGGUGAGGUCCUGUUCGCUUUCAUCAAGCUGUGGAGUUACCAGUUGCUUAUAUCUUACCUGUGAUGUGACAAAUCGAUGUAUGAAAUUGUAUAACAGAAAAUCCUGACAUCAAACACUUUGAACAUGCAGUAUCUGUAUUCUCUGGCAUUUUUACAAAAAAAAGAUAGUCAAAGACCAAGAAUUGUGAAAAGUGAAUUUAUAUGAUGUGUAUCUAGUUUGUUUUAUAUUCUCUUCAUGCAUUUCAACCAGGAGAUGUUCUAGGUUUAAAUUAUUGUCACUGAAAAAAAAAAUGCACCAUGUGCUUGAUACGUUUCACUCCAUUUUAACUAAUAGUCAUUAAUGUUUGCAGUCCUGGAUUUCAUAUCAAAGUAAGUAUGAUUUUAGGAACUGCAGAUAAAAUUUUUAGUGUUCAUAUUUAGCAUCAGGUCCUGAGGAUUAUUGUAAAAAUAAUGACUUACAACAUAAUUCAAUGUCAGUAUGAGAAAAAUGCACCACUGUAAUUUAACCAUAUUUUGUAUGAUAUUGUAAAAUUUAGUAAAUGAAAUUUGGUGUUUAAUUUGGUUCAAUAACUUGACCUGUUUAUUUACAUAUUGAAUGUAAUGUUCUAUCAGUUGGUUUUAUAGCA